CGCACGACGACGACGGGCGGGAUAAAUACGGACUCCGGACGCGCUCACGGACACGGGGCUUUUCUUUCCUCUGGUCAUCGUCGGAGCCGCAGCGGCAGCAGCAACCACCGGCGCGGAGAAGGCUGAAGGCGGCGGGGAUAGGAAUCAGUGAGCUGAAGGUCUUGACCAUGGAGGCGGAGGUGCAAGCGCGCGAGGAGCAAGAGGAGGAGGAGGUGGCGUGCGAGUGCUGCGGGUUCACGGAGGAGUGCACCGCACCGUACAUCGCCGGCGUGCGCGCGCGGUACGGCGGGAGGUGGAUCUGCGGGCUCUGCGGGGACGCCGUGGCCGAGGAGAUGUGCAGGGCCUCGCCGCCGGUGUCGCCCGCGGAGGCGCUCGACCGCCACGCCUGCGUGUGCGGCGAGGGCCGCCGCGCGUCCGCGUCCGCUCCGCCGUCGCCGGGCGACGAGCUCAUCGCGGCCCUGCGGCUCCUGCUCCGCCGCAGACUGGGCUCGCCGUCGCCGCCGAGGCUGGUCCGCUCCACGCCGAGCAGCCCGAGGCGCGACGCCGUCGCCCCCGCCGCGGCCGUGGGCGCCGGGCCCGGCGCCGGCGGCCCGCUCGCGCGCACCGAGAGCUGCUUCGCCGCGCUCGUGGAGUAGCAAGCGUCCAAGAGGCACAAACGAGGCCUCCCCGGAAAAUCAAAAAAGAACCUGAUGGUAGUCUCUUCUAGUUUCCCCUUUUUUGCAAUUUUCCUUCCUUCCGCCUCUGUAAAUAUGCAUUCCAUGUAAUCGCGUUUCUAGCUUAGGAUGAUGCAGCCGUGAGAGGAAUAAAACCAAUGUGUACAGAGUACAUACAGUAACAAAAAAAUAUGACUAAACGAAAGUGGAAGCAAUUCCAUGUUUUGUCGAGCAGUUGGUAUCAAUGCACAGUUUUAUAAUCGUCCAAGUGGUUUCUA